CGAGGAGUCGGAGGCUUUGAGCUGGUCAUAAUGGCAGGUGAAGAAAUUAAUGAAGACUAUCCAGUAGAAAUUCAUGAGUAUUUGUCUGCAUUUGAGAACUCCAUCAGCACUGUGGAUGAGAUGCUGAAGACCAUGAUGUCUGUUUCCAGAAAUGAGUUGUUACAAAAGUUAGACCCACUUGAACAAGCAAAGGUGGAUUUAGUGUCUGCGUACACAUUAAAUUCAAUGUUUUGGGUUUAUUUGGCAACUCAAGGAGUUAAUCCUAAGGAACAUCCCGUAAAACAGGAAUUGGUAUUCUUGAUAUUACUCUUUUGGCUGAUGGGAGAUUUUCCAAGUUACUAUGUACGUUUGAUGUAGCCCAAAGGAUGGCAGCUUCAGCCUGCUUCACUGCUUUCUGGUCCACAGAGAUUUUUAUCUUGUUUUUGAGCUCACCAUUAUAUGUUUGUUUUUCUGUCCUAUACUUUAUCUACCAUUGCUUUCUUUAUGGAGUAAACGGUGAAUCAAAGCAUCAGCUC